UAUUUCGCUUCCUGCACAUCUUCUGAUCGAUUUUUAGUGAAGAUAAUUGAUAGUAUGUGUAUCAGUGAGUUAACAGUAAUUUAAUAUGGAAGAAAGUAUAUGCGCAAUGAUAUAGAUAGAUGCAACACGGUCAUGCAGAAGCGAAUAGCAAAGUAGUACGUGCUAUCCUCACUCGUUGGGUAGAACAGACGUCCUUCAGUAACUAACUAUCCAGCCAGGCUUCAACAUGAGCUACUACCAGGGCGAUGCUGUACCUUAGAUGUAACCUAUGUGCUAAAUAUGGCAUACGUAAAUAAACUCCUCCAACUAUUCUUCACUUUAUUAGUAUUGGGUUCGGUGCAUUGUAGCAACAGUAAGCAAUUCUUAGAGAGUUUACUCAGGCAAAACAAUAAUAAUUUAGUGUUGACCGUGUCUACAAACAAUACUACAAAGGAUGUAAAUACAUCAUCUUCGAUGCCGUCAUUAUCAGCACACGAUACGAAUCAGAGUAGCAGUUAUCGAGAAUUUUACAGACUGUUUUAUGGGCUACAACAGACAGAAGAAGAAAAUGAUUUUCAGGAAAAUGAUUUAAGUAGGGCCAAAAAACCGAAGAGGAUCAAAAACGGAAAAGAUCUGGAAGACAUAAGACAAGCCAAUUUACAUUAUCUAAAAAUCAGAGACGUGGCCCGAUGCAGAACACCAGGAAGUCGAGUGAUCAGGGUUAAAGAUUAUUAUCCGGAUCCAUCAAAGGAAUACUUACCCAGGUGUACUGUAGUGUACAGAUGCGGGGAUGAUAGCGGUUGCUGUGACAACGAUGCCUUUCAAUGCGUACCGAGGUUCGUUCAGGAGGUGGCACUGCCUUUUUACACUUUGCACGUGGGAAAACAAGGUUUAAAAAUUGGUAACACGAUCGAAAAACUAUUAUUUAUUAAUCACACUCAGUGCGAGUGUCAGCCAGUUAAUGAUCAACCACGAACAGAAGAGGGGGUGUCGAGUGAUGCUAAGGCUAAAGUACAUCGUAACAGCUGUCGCGAGUGUCCAAUUCCUUUCCAUCGUCGAGAAUACCCAGAUGGGAGAUGCACGUGCGAUUGUUUCGAUCGCCAAAGACCCUGUUUAAGGAUCAAAAGGGGAAGAGAUCCUUUAGCAGAAGUGGAGAGAAGGUGCGUAGAAACUGGUUACUGUCACAUCCCCGACUGCGAGUAUGGAGAGUAUGACAUCACGACCGGGUUGUGUCCUAAGAGAGACAACGAAGGACACAAGAAAUUAGGCACCAAGAGUUUUUCGUCCAAUCACAGAUGGUCUUACUUGGAACGUGAUUAAAGAAACCGCCGCCGGGUUACGACUAGUCUUUUUCCAAACCCCUGGAGGGUGGACCCACCAUCACUGCCAAAAAAAACAAAAGACAAAAAAAUAAAUAAAUAAAAGUGAGCGUGAACUCCGAGUGUAGGGCGGGACCAAGCGCCACAAAU